AUGGCUAGUUUGCGGACUGCAAAGAUCUCCAACAACUUGAUCAAGGCUGAUGUCUCCAAAAUGAGGUUGCCUGGCCAGAUUUCAGCUCUUGAUCUCCAUUCAAACCGCCUCUUUGGCUCCCUAUCGAGGAUACUAAGCAGAUACAUGGAGGUCGUGGAUGUGUCCAACAACCAGAUCUCUGGCAGGAUUCCUGAAUUCGUCGUGGGGAUGAAAUUGAAGGUGCUGAACCUGGCAAGCAACAAGAUAUCAGGUCAUAUUCCAGAUUCAGUUUCAAACCUUGCGAAGCUGGAAAAAAUCGACAUUUCAAGAAACCAGAUAACGGGAACAAUCCCAGCUAGUCUGGGAACUUUUCUGCAGCUGCAUUGGUUAGAUCUGUCGAUAAACAGGCUUACUGGAAGAAUCCCAGACAGUUUGUUAGGAGUCAAGGCGCUGAGGCAUGCAAGCUUCAGGGCAAACAGAUUGUGUGGGAAGAUCCCACAAGGAAAGCCAUUGAACAUAUUCCCACCAGUUGCAUAUGCUCACAACUUGUGCUUGUGUGGAAAACCAUUGCCACCUUGCAAGAGUAAAAUGAAGAGAAAAAUGGGUCAGUGA